AUGGAGGUCUUUCACGCCACAUUGUCACUGGAUGCUCUUGAAAAGCAAGUGAAAGAGCUGAACACAGGCUGCGCAGCGCUGCAGCUGGACGUCGCCACCCCCCUGAGCGCGGCACUGUGCAUCAAUGUGGCUGUCGAGGGCGUGGCGCCAGGGGCAGAGGAUGGGAAGGCGGGCCCGCAGAUACGCACCACCAUCAAGUGGGUGGGAGAAGUGGCAAAUGAGGUGGCGCUGUCCCUGCACAUCCGCGGCGUGCGCGAGUCAGACGGCACGGAGGACAUGAUAAUAUUGGGUGCCUCCUCCCAGGGAGUCGCCCCAAAGCAGCUGCCCGCACUCGAGCUCGUCCUGGCCGCCAGCGAUGUGGCGGCCGCCGUGGCAGAGGGCUUCCGGCUGCAGGCCGCACUGGCAAUCAUGCCAGGGGCGGCGCUCGGUCCGGACGACGCCUUGGCAGUCGAGCCGGCGUCGGGAGCGGCCGCAAUGGGCUGCAUGCUCAAUGGGCCGUUCUGCGAUGCGGCCAUCCGCGCCGGCGGCGCGGAGUUCCCCGCGCACCGGGUCGUGCUGGCCGCGGCCAGCCCUGUGUUCCUUUCGAUGCUGAGCUCGAGCCCCAUGAAGGAGGCACGAGACGCAGCAGUUGAGCUGCGAGGCGCGGACCCUGCUGCCGUGGCGCGCCUUGUGGCACACAUGUAUGGGCAGCGCGGCGAGGUCCCCGUGUCGGGCCUGGUCGCGCUGCACGCGCUUGCAGACCAGUACCAACUGCGCUCAGGCCUGGCCUGGCGGCUGCUCGUCGAGCUCAGCACGGCGCGGCUCGCGCCGGCAGCGCUGUGCGCGCUGCUGCCCGCCGCGCACUCGUCAUGCUGGCGCGCGUGCGAGACGAGCCUGUAUGGGCAAGCGGCUGAGGCGCUGGCGGAACUCGUCAGCGACCCUGCGUUCGCGCUCUGGCCCUUCGACUGCCUGGCCGCAGUGGUGGCGCGCGCCCCGGCGCUGACCGCGCUGCGUGCGGCAACCGCAUGGGUUGCAGCCCAGGCGCCGGCGCAAGGGCAGCAAUCCGAUUGGUGGCCGAGAUUGUUGGCCUGCGCGCAGUUGGGGGACGCCGCCCUGGAGGAUCUGCGGGAGCUUUGGGGAAGCUACGGAAGCACCGGAUUGCCCGGCCUAAGCGAUGCCCUGGUUGCACCGCUACUGGCGUUGGGGGAAAAGGCUGAAAAGGCUGUGGUGCAAAGCUGUUUCACUAUUGUGGACCAGAAGAGGGUGAUUGAGCAGCAAGAGCAGCAGAUAGCAGAGAUGGACAGGCGCAUCGUGGAGUUGCGCUCACAUGCACGGCGCUCGGGGUGGCCGGUGUAA